AUGUCUUCUGUAAAAGUUGCUGUGAGAGUUAGACCUUUUAACAAUCGUGAAAUCUCAAGAGAAUGCAAAUGUAUUAUAGAAAUGUGUGGAAAAACAACAUCUAUAAUUAAUCCAAAAGCUCCUCCAGGAACAAAAGAAGCCAUCAAAAGUUUUAAUUAUGAUUAUUCAUAUUGGUCUCACGAUUGCACGGAUUCAUCAUUUUCCACACAAACAAUGGUUUAUAAAGAUAUUGGAGAAGAAAUGUUGGAACAUGCAUUCGAAGGAUACAAUGUAUGUAUUUUUGCUUACGGUCAAACGGGAGCUGGAAAAUCUUAUACGAUGAUGGGUAGACAAGAAGAAGGACAAGAAGGAAUCAUUCCAAUGAUUUGUAAAGAUUUAUUUGGGAGAAUAAAAAAAACAGCUUCGGAAGAAUUGAAAUAUUCUGUCGAAGUCAGUUACAUGGAAAUUUAUUGUGAAAGAGUUCGAGAUUUACUUAAUCCUAAUCCAAAAGGACAUUUGAGAGUCAGAGAACAUCCCUUAUUAGGACCAUACGUUGAAGAUUUAUCAAAAUUGGCAGUCACAUCAUUUGAUGAUAUAAAUCAUUUGAUUGAUGAAGGAAACAAAGCCAGAACGGUGGCAGCUACAAACAUGAACGAAACAUCUUCUCGAUCUCAUGCAGUUUUUACAAUACUUUUUACACAGCAAAAAUUUGAUUCGACAACAGAACUUUCAAGUGAAAAAGUCAGUAAAAUAUCACUUGUUGAUUUGGCCGGAUCAGAACGUGCGGAUUCAACGGGUGCCAAAGGAACAAGAUUAAAAGAAGGAGCAAACAUAAAUAAGAGUUUGACAACAUUAGGCAAAGUUAUAUCAGCUCUUGCCGAAAUUAGUGCUAAAAAGAAAAGAAAACAGGAUUUCAUACCUUAUCGUGACUCUGUUUUGACUUGGCUUCUUCGAGAGAACCUUGGUGGUAAUUCAAAAACGGCUAUGAUAGCAGCUGUAAGUCCUGCUGAUAUAAAUUAUGAUGAAACAUUAUCGACUCUUCGUUAUGCUGAUAGAGCUAAAGCCAUCGUUUGCAAGGCCAUCGUCAAUGAGGAUGCUAAUGCAAAACUUAUAAGAGAACUAAAAGAAGAAAUUCAAAGAUUGAGGGAUUUACUUCGGGCAGAAGGCAUCGAAGUACACGAGGGAGACGAUGGGGUGAGAUUAAUGAAAAAUAAUGAAAUUAACCAACCAACAAAUACUCCAUCCACUUUAGCAGAAGAAGCUGUCGAUCAAUUGCAAGCCAGUGAAAAACUUAUCGCGGAAUUAAAUGAAACGUGGGAAGAAAAAUUAAAAAGAACCGAACAGGUUAGAGUUCAAAGAGAAGCGGUUUUUGCCGAAAUGGGGGUUGCAGUUAAAGAAGAUGGAAUCACAGUUGGAGUAUUCUCCCCUAAAAAGACUCCACAUUUAGUUAAUUUGAACGAAGAUCCUUCAAUGUCGGAAUGUUUGAUUUAUUAUAUAAAAGAUGGGACUACACGAGUCGGUUCUGCUGAUGCUACCAUUCCACAAGACAUUCAACUCAGUGGAUCACACAUACUGAGUGAACAUUGCAUAUUUGAAAAUAAAAAUUCCGUUAUAACUCUUAUACCAAAGAAUGGAGCGAUGUGUUAUGUAAACGGCAGAGAAAUUUUAGAACCCAUCGUACUUAAAACCGGUUCUCGUGUUAUUUUUGGAAAAAAUCACGUUUUUCGAUUUAAUCACCCGGAACAAGCUCGUGAAAGGCUUGAAAAAAGCGAAAUAGAAAAACUUUCUCCAGCAGAAACUCCAAGCAACGGAGAACAAGUUGAUUGGAAUUUCGCUCAGAUAGAACUUCUCGAAAAACAGGGUAUCGAUUUAAAAUUGGAAAUGGAUAAAAAACUUCUUAUUUUAGAAGAACAAUAUAAGAAAGAAAAGGAAACUGCUGAUCAGCUAUUCGAAGAACAAAGAAAGACUUAUGAAGCUCGCAUUGAUGCCCUUCAAAAACAAGUUGAAGAACAAAGUAUGACAAUGUCUAUGUACAGUUCGUACACUCCUGAAGAUUUCAAUAAUGAAGAAGACAUAUUUGUUAAUCCAUUAUUUGAAGCUUCUUGUACGUGGUCCGACAGAGAAAUGCAAUUAGCCGGUUGGGCUUUUAAGAAAUGGAAAUAUCAUCAGUUUACGUCUUUACGUGAUGACCUUUGGGGAAAUGCUAUUUUUUUAAAAGAAGCAAAUGCUAUUUCCGUCGAAUUAAAGAAGAAGGUUCAAUUUCAAUUUACAUUACUUACGGAUACAUUGUAUUCACCUCUCCCUCCAGAUUUACUCACUCCAGGAGUUACGGAUGAUGAUGAUGAUGAGAGACCAUUUUCUCGUACUAUUGUAGCCGUGGAAGUAUUAGAUACUAAAAACGGAGCAACUCAUUAUUGGAAUUUAAACAAAUUGAGGCAAAGACUCGAAUUGAUGAGAGAAAUGUAUCAUAAUGAAGCAGAACUAUCUCCAACUUCUCCAGAUUAUAAUGUUGAAAAUUUAACUGGAGGGGAUCCUUUUUACGAUAGAUUUCCAUGGUUUAGAAUGGUUGGAAGAUCCUUCGUUUAUUUGAGCAACCUUAUAUACUCUGUUCCACUUAUACACAAAGUGGCCAUUGUUAACGAAAAAGGAGAUGUCAAAGGUUAUUUAAGGGUGGCUGUACAACCUGUUUUCGAAGAAAAUAGUGAAUAUGCUGUUGGUGUGAGACAAUCAGCUCGAAUCACUUUUGAAAAUGAAGUUUAUGGAUCUAAAACGAAUAAAAAAUUACAAGAAAAAAUAAAUAUUGAAGAAAGAAUUGUUGAAGGUAGUCCAGAAUGUUACAAUAAAAAUGAAGAUUGCGAAUGUGACACAGAUAGUGGGAAAGGUGAUAGUUCAGUGGGUUCUGACUUAAAAGAAGAAGAUAUUCCUGAUCAUUUAAAACUUGGAAAAGAAUUCACUUUUAGAGUUACGGUACUCCAAGCUGUGGGAAUUCCAACCGAAUACGCUGACAUUUUUUGUCAAUUCAAUUUUCUUCAUCGACACGACGAAGCAUUUUCCACAGAACCCGUUAAAAAUACAGGAAAAGGAAAUCCUUUAGGAUUUUACCACGUUCAAAAUAUUACAAUUAACGUGACGAAAUCUUUUGUUGAUUACAUAAAAACACAACCCUUAGUUUUUGAGAUAUUCGGGCAUUAUCAACAACAUCCCCUCCAUCGGGAUGCCAAACAGGAAGGAAAUCAAUACGUGAGGCAGCCACCAAAAAGAAUGUUACCACCUUCCAUCCCUAUAAGUCAACCAGUGAGGUCCCCGAAAUUCGGUGUCUUGCCUUCUCCAAGCACAAGUCACGUUCAUGCAAAAUAUGACAUUCUUGUUUGGUUUGAAAUAUGCGAGUUGGCUCCCAACGGUGAUUAUGUACCCGCUGUCGUUGAUCACAGUGAUGAUUUACCAUGUAGAGGUUUAUUUUUGCUUCAUCAGGGUAUUCAAAGACGAAUACGUAUAACCAUAGUUCACGAACAUGCUCCUGAACUUCAUUGGAAAGAUGUUAGAGAACUUGUUGUCGGUCGAAUUCGAAAUACUCCUGAAUCUGAUGAAGAAGAUAAUGAUGGAUCUGUUUUAUCUCUCGGUCUAUUUCCUGGUGAAUACAUAGAAAAUUUAGAAGAUGAUCGAUGCAUGUUUAGAUUCGAAGCUGCUUGGGAUUCUUCUCUUCACAAUUCUGCUUUGCUUAAUAGAGUUACCGCAUAUGGUGAACAUAUUUACAUGACUCUUUCGGCUUAUGUUGAGAUAGAAAACUGUGGACGUCCCGCUAUAAUAACAAAAGAUUUAAGCAUGGUAUUAUACGGUAGAGAUGCUAGAGCCGCUCCAAGAUCGUUGAAACAUUUAUUUACCGGAGGAUAUAGAAAUUCUGAAGCAAAUCGUUUGUCGGGAGUUUACGAGAUUGUUCUUCGAAGAGCAUCCGAAGGUAGCCCAGGUGUUCAGAGACGUCAAAGACGAGUUUUGGAUACGAGUUCAACUUAUGUAAGGGGAGAAGAAAAUCUUCACGGAUGGCGUCCACGUGGUGAUUCAUUAAUAUUUGAUCACCAAUGGGAAUUGGAAAAAUUAACACGUUUAGAAGAAGUAGAAAAAGUGAGGCAUAUGUUGCUUUUACGAGAACGUUUAGGAUUUGAUAAAUCAUUCCCGUCUAGAACUCACGAUUUUACUAAAUCGGAAAAAGAAGUUUGCAACAUGGUUGCUAAAGCAAACACGGAAAAUAAAUCAAAUUCAUUAAUAAAAACAAAUAGUGAUAUUUGCGAUACAAAAUUUAUAUUAAAUGAUCGUGAAAAACAAUUAUUAUUAAAAUGCAUAAAAUUAAUACAAGGAAAUAUUCCCAAUAAGGAAUUGAACAUUUCAAAAAUAUCUUCACCCGUAGACGAUUGCGACGUUUCUGUCAACAUGUCUACCACUGCGGCUUAUACCCAAGAGAUAUGUUCCUCCGACAGUACUAGAAUAGAUCAGUUACCAAACGUUGAAGGAAUACUCGCUCCUCAGCCUCUUAUGGACAAACCACAAAUUUCAAAUGAAUCUUUAGUGCUUUACAUACCGGAAGUGGAGGAAAUUCGAAUAAGUCCAAUAAUUGCCAGAAAAGGAUACUUGAAUGUUUUGGAGCACAAUUCAAACGGAUGGAAAAAACGUUGGGUCGCCGUGCGUAGGCCCUACGUUUUUAUAUUCAGAGAUGAAAAAGAUCCGGUGGAAAGGGCUUUAAUUAAUCUAACAACAGCUCAAGUAGAAUGUUCGGAAGAUCAACAGGCAAUGGUACGAGUGAAAAAUACAUUUAGCGUCGUAACAAAACAUCGAGGUUAUUUGUUACAAACAUUUUGCGAAAAAGAAGUUCACGAAUGGUUGUAUGCCAUAAAUCCAUUAUUGGCCGGACAAAUCAGGUCGAAAUUGGCAAGAAAAAGGCUUUUGCUUAACGGUUCUUGUCUUCAACAGCAACAAAUAUCCCCUCAUCAUAAGUAUUAUACGCAACCUCAGCAGCAGCAGCAGCAACAGCUUUUGGCAAAAGAAGAUAAAUAA